AUGGAGGACAACAUCCCACCAGACAACAUCCCAUCAGACAACAUCCCACCAGACAACAUCCCACCAGACAACAUCCCAUCAGACAACAUCCCACCAGACAACAUCCCAUCAGACAACAUCCCAUCAGACAACAUCCCAUCAGACAACAUCCCAUCAGACAACAUCCCAUCAGACAACAUCCCAUCAGACAACAUCCCAUCAGACAACAUCCCAUCAGACAACAUCCCACCAGACAACAUCCCAUCAGACAACAUCCCAUCAGACAACAUCCCAUCAGACAACAUCCCAUCAGACAACAUCCCACCAGACAACAUCCCACCAGACAACAUCCCACCAGACAACAUCCCAUCAGACAACAUCCCAUCAGACAACAUCCCACCAGACAACAUCCCAUCAGACAACAUCCCACCAGACAACAUCCCAUCAGACAACAUCCCAUCAGACAACAUCCCAUCAGACAACAUCCCAUCAGACAACAUCCCACCAGACAACAUCCCAUCAGACAACAUCCCAUCAGACAACAUCCCACCAGACAACAUCCCACCAGACAACAUCCCAUCAGACAACAUCCCAUCAGACAACAUCCCACCAGACAACAUCCCAUCAGACAACAUCCCACCAGACAACAUCCCAUCAGACAACAUCCCAUCAGACAACAUCCCAUCAGACAACAUCCCACCAGACAUGUCACCAGGGGUCUCCAUCAUAUCCCAUCAGACAUGUCACCAGGGGUCUCCAUCAUAUCCCAACAGACAUGCCACCAGGGUCUCCAUCAUAUCCCACCAGACAUGUUACCAGGGGUCUCCAUCAUAUCCCACCAGACAUGACACUGGGGGUCUCCAUCAUAUCCCACCAGACAUGUCACCAGGGGUCUCCAUCAUAUCCCACUAG